CUGAACAGGAUUUCAAGAACGUUCCUGAAGGUGGGUGUAAGAAGCCCUGUGCCUUCAGCCUGAGCUGUGGUCACGUUUGUGUGAAGCUGUGCCACGGGUACGACAGGGACCACAUCAAAUACCAGUGCAAAAAGAACUGUGAACGUAUGGCCUGUAACAACGGUCACGUGUGUCAACAAAGAUGUUGCAAGCCAUGUGGAAAAUGUACGUACAGAAUAGAGAAGGUCAUCCCUAUGUGUGGGCACAAGGCCCGGGUGGAAUGUCACAGAGACCCUGGUACGUGGUAUUGCACGAGCCGCUGUAACCAACCCCUUGAGAAGUGUGGCCACCAGUGCUCUGGAAAAUGUGGAGAGUGCAGAAAGAGUGGCAGGCACGCUGAUCAGUGCACAGAAGAGGUGGAGCGCACGUGGCCAUGUGGACAUCUGAUGAAAGUCCCUUGCAGUGCUACACCUGCUACACGGCCAUGUGUUCAGCCCUGCAAAGCUAAACUAGAAUGCGGUCACGUGUGCCAGGGCACGCGCGGUGAAUGCUGGGAAGGACGGGUACACAAGGAUUGCGGAAGACCAUGUAAUAAACUUUUGCUGGGAUGUGGUCACUGGGAUGUGGUCACGUGUGUCCUUUGCCAUGCGGAAGCAAAUGUUUGCCUUGCAAAGAAAAGACUUGCCAAACGAGAUGCAAGCACGGCAACUGCGCUCUUGUCAGCGGCGAGACGUGCAAACCAUGCGAAGAACGAUGUCCGUGGAAAUGCGAACACGUGACAUGCCAGUCCUUCUGUCACACGCCUUGUCAGCCUUGUAGCUUAAAAUGUGACCAAAGACUCAAAUGUGGACAUCUCUGCUCGGGUUCCUGCGCUGAGAUAUGUCUUUGCUACAAAUGCGAAAAUGAUAAGUUUGUUCCUCUGGCCAUGGGUGGACUGCUUUCAAAAGAAGAAUGUCCAAAGGUUGACGAAGCCAUGUUACUGAUCAAGCUACCAGAAUGUAAACACAUAUUUCGAGCAGAUUCUCUGGAUGACUAUGUCGAAAAGACACAGUUUACUCCAGGUAAGUUUCUGCCGUGUCCAGCCUGCAAGACGGCGGUCAAGGACUGGGACUGUUGGAGGUAUCACAGUAAAAUCAGAGAACGUCGAUUGGAACAGGAAAAGAGUAAGGCCAUGCUGCAGACCUCCUCAUUAGUGUCACAGGAGCGCCAGGACAAGAUCUUCAGAUCCAUGGACAUGCUCAAGAAGAGUCCGCUGGACCCACGCAGCUUUGCCGCAAGUCAUUUACAAAGUAAUUUAAAGAGCAGAAACCUGGAUGUCAACAUGUGUUUUGCUUUAACAAAUCAGAUCAAGGUUGCCAGAGUUAUUGAGAUGCUGGAAAAAUUCUUAUUGAAAUCAACUGGCAUGGCUUUAGAAAGGUUAGCUUUAGUUUUUGGUGUUAAAUCAUGAAAAAGCUGGGAUAGAGUAUAUUUUUUGUGUUAAUUUAAGUCAGGUUAGAGGUUAUUAUUUUAAAUGUUUAACUGAAUACCAGAAAUAUUGAAGCUUAUAUGUAUAUCAGUACACUAAAUCAUAAUAUACAGUAGCUUAUAAGUUUAGUAAUAAGUUGUUAAGAAGACUUCAGUUGACGCCUCCGCGACAUAAAGAUUGGACAUGUGGUCAUUGCUAAUCACCCAACAACGGAAGCUUCAUCCAUGCGUAAUUUCAAUUUUCGUAGUACCACAGGUAACAAGUGCAUUCUUAUAGCCGACUCAAUAGAACAAACACAAAUUUCUUUACAUUCUCGUUCUUUAGGGACAUUGUCAGUGAGCUUCAGGCUGACAUCGAGGCGAUGAAGAGAGUCGUGUUGUCUCCUGUCGAUAACAUGAGUGAGCAGCGUUGUCAGAAUUAAUUGCUUUUCUACCUUCUUUCUGUAUUCCACUCUAGCUGUUCUUGCCUUUGCCCUGAACUCCUCCUUUUCUUUCACUUUCUGUUUGUCUCCCUGCAUAAAAGCUAUCUUCUUUUCAUUGAGACAGUGCUUCAGUUCUUUACCCAGACAUGGUUUGUUAUUCGGAUAGCUGCAGAUCUGCUUGGUAGGGAUGACAGACUCUUCACAGAAGGUGAUGUAAGAGGUGAUUGUGUCUGCCAGACAGUCCAGGUCGGCCCCACAGUUAGUGAAGAACAAAUCCCAGUCAGUGGCCUCUAGGCAGUCUCUGAGCAGCCCAGUUGCUUCAUUUGUCCAGGUCCUAAUACAUAGUGUUGUCGGCUUUUCACGUUUAAGGAGCUGUCUGUAUGUGGGUAGCAGAUGAACAAUGUUGUGGUC